UGCCAAAGAUGAUAUAGAUCUUGAUGCCCUUGCUGCUGAAAUAGAGGGUGCAGGUGCUGCCAAGGAACAAGAGCCUCAAAAAUCUAAAGGAAAGAAGAAAAAAGAAAAGAAAAAACAGGAUUAUGAUGAAGAUGACAUCCUGAAAGAGUUGGAAGAGCUGUCUCUAGAAACACAAGGUGGGAGUGUUGAAAAAGAACCAGUUGUAGCAAAGGUAGAGAAUGAAAAUGAAGAAUUUGGCCUGUCAAAGCAAGAUAAAAAGAAGAAAGCCAAGAAUAAAAAGGCUAGAUUAGAGGACGAAGAUGGCAGUGAAGAAACGGAGGACAAAGAAAAAAAAUCUAAAAAGUCUCUUAAACCCAAGAAAGAAGUACUCUCCGAGAGUGAUGAUGAAGUAUUUGAUUUGAAAAAAGGGAGAGGAAAAGUUCAGAAAUCAGGUAAUAAACAUGAAUUUUCUGAAGAAGAUGAAGCUGGCAUUGUAAAGAAGAGCAAAGAGCGUGCACAACCUGGGUCCUCUGGUGAGAGUGAAGAUGAAUUGGAUGAAGGCUCACAGGCAAAAAAGGGGCAGAAGAAAAAUCAGAAGGCAAAACUGGUGGCUGAGACUGAAAGCGGUGAUGACAUGGAUGACUCUUCAUUUAAAAUCAAAACUGUGGCUCAGAAGAAAGCAGAAAAAAAAGAACGAGAAAAGAAAAAACGGGAAGAGGAGAAGGCUAAACUAAGGAAACAAAAGGAAAAAGAAGACUUGGAAGCUAAUAAAGAACAGCCAAAGCUGAAGAAGACUGACAAAGGAACUGCAUCAGAUCAGCUGCCAACAUCUGCCACUGUGGAAAAGGGAGAGACUCCAGAAGCAGCAGAAGUCAAUGAUAAUGAAGGUGAGAAAAAGAAAAAAGAUAAAGAUAAGAAGAAAAAGAAAGGAGAGAAAGAUGAAAAGGAAAAAGAGAAAAAGAAAGGGCCCAGUAAGGCCACAGUUAAAGCAAUGCAAGAAGCCUUGGCUAAACUGAAAGAAGAGGAGGAAAGAGCAAAGAGAGAAGAGGAGGCGCGUAUCAGACAACUUGAAGAGCUGGAAGCCAAACGCAAAGAAGAGAAAUUACUGAAUUGGCAUCACCAGUGGAAGAAGCUGCAGAAACAAUUGUAUCUGAAAAAGAGGAGAUUAAUCUUCAAGCUGAACCAGUUUCAGAAGAAAAGGAGGAAGAACCUGAAGGAGGAGGAUUAGAUGACUGGGAAGCUAUGGCCAGUGAUGAAGAAAGAGAAAAAGAGAGAAAAACUGUCCAUAUUGAAGUCAAAGAACAAAAUGAAGAUGAUGAGGAUGAGGAUGAAGAUGAAGAUGAGGAAAUGGAAGAGAGUGACGAAUAUGAAGAAGGAGAAAGUGAAGGAAGCGAAGAAGAGAAAACUUUAGAUGAAAAGGAAUCAGACUCACGAGCUGCUGCAAAACAAUCUGUAGAAAAAAAACUAAACAAAGAAAUAAGUUCAGAUUCAGAGUCUGAGUCGGAUGAUGAUCGCACUAAAGAAGAACGUUCAUAUGACAAAGCUAAACAUCGAAUUGAGAAACGUCGAAUUGAAAAUAAUAAAAAUGCAAACACUGAAAAAUUACGAGCACCUGUUAUCUGUGUGCUGGGGCAUGUAGACACAGGAAAAACAAAAAUCCUUGAUAAGCUUCGUCAUACUCAUGUGCAAGACAGUGAGGCAGGUGGUAUCACUCAGCAGAUUGGGGCAACUAAUGUUCCUCUUGAAGCCAUUAAUGAACAAGCAAAGAUGGUGAAAACUUUUGACAGAGAGACAGUCAAGAUUCCAGGAAUGCUUAUCAUUGAUACUCCAGGACACGAGUCUUUUAGCAAUCUUAGAAAUCGUGGAAGCUCACUAUGUGAUAUUGCAAUUCUUGUAGUAGAUAUCAUGCAUGGUUUGGAACCUCAGACUAUUGAAUCUAUAAACCUGCUGAAAACCAAAAAAUGUCCCUUUAUAGUUGCACUUAACAAGGUAAGGUCCCUUUUCAUUGAAUGGGUUUGUAUUCUGUGAUAUAUUCUAUUUUGACUUUGUGUGUUGCGUGAUUUGGUCUCUAAAGCAUUGAUUAUGGAUGUGUGAACUCAUUUAUUGUGACCUUUUAAUCUUUGUUAAAGCAUAAUUUAGCACAGUAUAAGAAACCAGCUGUUUUGGAAGGAGGAGCCACGUCGCAAUGUUACAACGUGCGGUCUCGAUACUCUGAGACCGCCGUUGACACUUUUGCCACUGUGGGGAUCCAUUGAGACCCACUGUCCCGUAGAGACAGUGAUCAGGAAGACAAAGCCUUGCUGGUCUCAGGGAUAUAGCAAAAUCCCUGAUGC